CAGUCAACGAACUGCAUUAAUUCAAUCAUUUUAGUUUCGUACACAGUCCACACUAGUGUACAAUGAAGUUCUUAGCUUGUGUAUCAGCUUUGUGCGUUUUUGUUACCGUAAAUGCCAGCUUCGAAGGCAGUUACGGAGAUCACGGUGGUCACGGUGGUGGACACGAGCUCUCCCAUACCGUAGAAGUAACCAAACACGUGCCAAUCCCAGUCUACAAACACGAAACAGUACCAGUACCACACGCAGUCCCCGUACCCGUACCCAAACCAGUAGCCAUACCAGUACCACAACCCUAUCCCGUCCACAUCAACGUACCCCAACCCGUUGCAGUGCCAGUGAUCAAGACCAUCACCAUCCCUGUCGAGAAACCAGUACCCUACAAAGUAGAGAAGGAAGUACCGUACCACGUAGAAAAACCCAUCCCCGUUCCAGUAGAGAAGCACGUACCAAUCAAGAUCACCAAACCAGUACCUGUCAAAGUUCCGGUAUACAAGGUCGUGUACCACCAUAGUAAACACUAAUUCUUUUUCAAAGAAGACGCAAGGCUGAUAUUUCAUUUUCCUCAUCUAAUUCAUAGUCAUGAAUCAUUGUUAGGUAGUUGUUGUUAUUUCUUUGUUGUUGAUUUUUUUAAUAAAAUAAUA